UCUCAAAUCUUGUGGUGGUAUCGCUCGCCGUAAACACCCUGUGGAUCUCACGCUUGAUAAAUUAAUAAUACAUUUAAUAGAGCAUGAGCGCUACUGUUUAACUUUUACACAUAAUUGAAAAGUUUUAUUUGAAAUUUCGUGGCUUAGAGCAAAACAUGUGAUAGCUUUUUGAAAUGCAGUAGCCAGAACCUGCUCGGUUGGAACAUUUAGCUUAUUGACUUAAACAUACCCAUAUGCACAUACAUACAUAUGUAUUAAACAGUGGGCACAUAUAUUCGUGUGGUGCUGAUAGUGUAAAUGUGUAAAAUGUCUGUGGAAUUGUAAAUAUGUUUUUGUUUAAACAAAUAUGUACAUAAAUGCACAAAAAUCGGUGCAUAUAUGUGCACAUGCCCAUCAUCCAUAUCUGCAUAUUUCUGUACAUGCAUAUGUGCUCUAACUACAAUACAUACCACCAUUCGCAAACAGUUUGUCAAAAAAGUGUGUCUACUCGGCGAGAUAAAACAAAAAACAGUUGCCAAAUCAGUCGCUAUGUUAAGUAAUUCGAAAUUACUGCUCGGUGUUUCUAAAACGGAUUUUGAUUUUGAUUUUCACCCCUCGAAAAUCGCCCCCUCAGCCAACGAACCCAUUUAAUUGCUCGAAUUCGUAUCGAAAUCGCCGUGCGUUGGGCUUCAAUAAAAGAACUCUGUUCUGUUAGCCAGUUACAAUUAAAACCAGGACCAUUUGACAACCAAUCUGAAUGUAUUAUGCCAAGCGGAAGAUUGUUAUAUUGUUUAUCUUUGAUAAUAUGCCGAUACAUAACGUACACUUUGCAAUGGAGUAAAUAGAAGACAAGCACUGGUUCCCAAAUACAUUUGAAUGGAUGCAGCUAAUCUAAUUUAAAUAAAAAAGACAAGUCUUUAAACCUUAAAAAUAUGGCCAACACUAUUUCGUUAAUGUCCAACGUGAUACGCAAUGUAGUGAGUAAAAAACGUAUACGAUACAAAGAAAAAGGAUACGAUUUGGAUUUAACAUACAUUAAUGAUAACAUAAUUGCCAUGGGCUAUCCAGCACCGGAUAAACUAGAGGGCCUAUUCAGAAACCGUCUGGAAGAUGUCUUUAAGCUAUUGGAAGAGAAUCAUGCCCAGCAUUACAAAAUCUAUAACCUAUGCUCGGAGCGUAGUUACGACGUUGCUAAAUUUCGCGGGAGAGUAGCUGUUUAUCCGUUCGAUGAUCAUAACCCUCCAACGAUUGAGUUAAUACAACGAUUUUGCAGUGAUGUUGAUAUGUGGCUCAAGGAAGAUUCGUCCAAUGUUGUAGCCGUGCACUGUAAAGCUGGAAAGGGCAGAACCGGUACCAUGAUCUGCGCAUAUUUAGUGUUCAGUGGAAUUAAAAAAUCCGCCGACGAGGCAUUAGCGUGGUAUGAUGAGAAGCGUACAAAGGACCGAAAAGGUGUGACAAUCCCAUCUCAGCGUCGAUAUGUUCAGUAUUUUUCCAAACUAGUUUGUUCAAGUGUUCCAUAUUCGAAAGUAAGCCUUAACGUAUGUGAAAUACGCUUCUCGGAGUCCAGUUGUGUGCAAAACUUAGGCAUGGUAGAAUGUUCAAUAUCUGUAUUACACGACUCAGCCACAGAAAAUGCAAAGCCAGAUAGACUGAAAACCUUGCCGAUUGAUUUUCAAAAAUCAUUUGUUUUGACCAUUAAACCAUCAAUACCAGUUUCCGGCGAUGUAAAAUUUGAACUCACAAAAAAAUCCCCAGAUAAAAUCAUUUGUCACUUUUGGCUAAAUACGUUUUUUGUACGAAACUAUUCACCUUGCGAGUCCGAUGGAACAGUUAACAAAUAUAUACACACUUUAAGCAAAUCAGAAAUCGAUGAUGUACAUAAAGACAGUGAACAUAAAAGAUUUUCAGAAGAAUUCAAGAUUUCAAUCGUUUUUGAGGCAGAGAAUUUUAGCAAUGAUGUUCAAGCUGAAGCGUCCGAAAAAGAGAGAAACGAAAAUGUUUUAAAUUUCGAAAGAUCAGACUAUGACAGUUUGUCUCCAAACUGCUAUGCCGAAAAAAAAGUCUUAACUGCGAUCGUCAAUGAUAAUACAACGAAAAGUCAAACAAUAGAAACGUUGGAUCAUAAGGAUAUAGUUACUAAAAUUCAAUACGACACAUCAACCAAUUCAAAAAAUACUUCGACUGCGUGCAAACGCAAACAGCCUAAUAGCAAAACUCUUUUACCAAGCUUGAAUGAUUCCACAAAAGAGGAAAUAAAACGAAAUCAUAUAUUUAAUCAACCGUCCAUUAAGAAAACUGAUUUAAUCAAAUGGCAGAAUAGUGAAGUUCAUAUCACCUCUGACACUCGAAGUAUAAACGAAAAUAAGAACAUCAAUUACAAUUCAUACAUCACAUGUAAACAAUCCUCUCCAAAAUUCAACUGUGGUACCGAAGAUGGCGAGGAAGAUUGGGAAUCCGGUGAAUCAACAUACCUGUAAUCAAUGCUUAUUACGGACUUAUAAUUCUUGGUGAUUUAGCAAAGUAAUUAAAAUUGCUAAGUAAUUGGCUAAUCUAUUCGAAUUUGUAAAUAUACUGUAUGAUAUUUAUUUAAGUAGUUUUAACAAUUAUUUUAAAUAAACUCAUGUACAUUUUGUAUUGU